CUUUAUCUCAUUUCGUGGAAAUCUGUCAUCGCUUUUAAUAACUUUCAUCCAUCUUUUUUAUAUCACCUGGUUAAAGAUGGCGUCCAAUUUAUAUUGGACAUUUAUUGGUCCUCGGUUACUAAGGAUUUUCAAAAGAGAAAACGUGCAGGUUUUUCAUUGUAUUAUAACUUGUGGUUUAAUUAACAAUGGACUGUCGUGAAUGACAAACACCCCUCGAUUUAGAAAAGCUUCCCUCGCCUACUUUAUUUACUAGUAGGUCCUAUUCAAUACCCGACCCGGCGACCCAGACCCAACUCUUUUUACUUUCUGAGCUACUCUUAAGUCAUUAUUCAUUAUUUUUAUAUUAUACUCUCAUUUCUGAUUUAAAGACAUUCAAAUUCAAGCAUGAUUCAAAUUAUUUGACAUUAGGCAUAUCAUUUAUUCAGGACUUAAGCCUACCAGCAUGCAGCAUACACUUACUACCGACCGAUAAAGUAAACAACCCAGGCCCACCACUCCUCAACAGACAACUCUUUGACUUAAGUUUAAUUAUGAAAAAUUGCAAUUUUAUUUUAUAAGUUUUAUUUUAAUUUAACUUACUGACAGUAUUAAUAUCAAGUAAUAAUGGGAUUUAGCCUAAAGGGACCCGGACAUGCAUAGCGCUAUUUGGACCCAGGUCCCUUUAGACUAAGACUAAAUCCCAUUUCAAUUUCAUUUGUGGUAGUUUAUUUUAGUUAAACUGAAGAAUUAAGUUUGCAAACAUAUAAUAAUCCAUUCAAUUAUCUUUCAUUUGAUACCUCAUUUUGUCUUUAAAACCCAACAAUAAUAUUUAAAUAAUUUUUUAAUCCCAACCUCUCACUUCUGACACCUGGGUGCGAAUAGACACUUUGAUAAAUGUAUGUCAUUUAUUGACUUAAUUUAAAUAAUCAAGCCUCAUUCAAAUUCUAGGAUUGGGUUAGCUGUAAGACAGGUGAUGCCUUCCACUAUAUAUUAUAUAAGUCAUGGGGGUGACCCAGGUCAACUACCUACCAUAGUUCUGUACAAGAUUUUGAAAAGUUCUGGGAGGGGUAAAAACUCCCCAGAAAAUAGUUUUGUUUCUAUUUUAUAUAGUAUAGAAAGAUCCUAAUGGACCCUUAAACAUACAUGCCAACUUGUGGGAUAAAAAAACUGUACAAAAACUCCCAAAAAACUGUACAUCAGCAUGAAAAACUGUCACUGUACAGGGGGAAGAACAUGAAAAGUCGAAAGUAUAUUUUAUAACUUUUUCAUCCUAAUAUCAGGCCUGCACAGCAUACGGCCCGCGGGCCACAUGCGGCCCGCCAGCAACCACUUUGUGGCCCGCGAAGUAACGAAAUAAUAAUUAUUCUUAUUAUUUUCUUAAUAGCUUUCUCCAUGACAUAUUUUAUUUUGGUCCGCACAAGUCCCGUCUUAUUUCAUAAAGUAUUUUGGCCCACCUUACAUUUUGAGUUGGGCAGGCCUGCUUUAUAUCAAUGGUUUGAUUGCAUGAAUAAAAAAUGGAUAGUAUCCCCUUCGCUGCUUGCACAAAAAAUCAUGUUUAUAUCAUUCAUAAUUGGAUACACAGCAUCUUGUAAAUGAAAAUAGCUUUUUAUAAGUCAAAUUUUUAACUAAUUUUGAGUUUUCCACACUGGAAAUCAAUUUUAUUAAAUUUAAAUAUGGACAGAUGAUGAACUUGAUACCAAUAUUAGAUGUAAUUAGAUAUAAUUCUUCUGUUAAUUAUACUAGGUGUUGUCAUACAGUUUUCUGUAUUUAAGUUAACGAAGUAAAAUAACGUUUAUCCGUCUUGAAAAAGUUGUUGAGUUUACAUUCAGCAUAUAAACUUAUUUUUCACCGUACCUGAGGAAUUAAGCCAUGUUGCUGUAAAAAAUAGGAAUAAUGACUAAUGCUAUUCAUUGAUUGAUAGUAAUAUUAUUUUUAUUUUAUAUAAAUUAAAAGCACAUUAACUAACAUCAGUUUUUUUUUAGAAUUACUAAAACAGAUUGGUAAUUAUGGUAUACUGCUCAAAUUUGUUACUUCCAUAUGACACUGUUUUUGUGUUAAUUAAUGAUACCAAUAAAACCUCAUUGUUUCAAAAUUGAGAAGGCCUACUAAUCCUACUUGAUCAUUUUUAAUGGGAAAAUAUGAUUUAAGCUUAUUGCUGUCCAAAGUGGAACUUAUUGCACCAUCAGCUUUGAACGUGUGUCAUGUGCAAAUAUAUUUCUUUUCUAUAUCCAGUGGAAAACUGUACAAAAGCCUGUGUGCCGUACACCUCAGCAAAAAUAUAAAAACUGUAAAAAGACAGGUAAACCAUACAGGUUGGCAUGUAUGCUAUAAUAUAUCAAUCUAUUUACAAAUCAGGUAUUCAAUAUUUCCUUCUAUGAUGAAGUUGAAGGCGAAGCCAAUUUCAUUAAGGUGAUUAAGUGUAAAAGCCCCCCCCCCCCCCCCCCCCCCCCAAAAAAAAAGUUGUUCAGGGGGAAGGGAGGAGUGCCCAUUGGAACCCCAUCCCAAAGCAUGCCCUUUGAGUCAGUUGUUGCAUACCAAACUAAAAAUAGGUUUGCCACUUAAAUCUUUAUUCUGUUGCUUCCUCUCAGUGGAGCCUACUACUAAUAAUUUAGAUAGAUUUUGUCACAAUGCUAGACAACCCCUUGCUUGUAGUUGCUCUUGAAAAAUUGUUUUAUGGGAAAUUUGGAUAACUGCAAUUCAAUUUGGUCAUGAGGUUUUCUUCCCCUCCCCUAUCCCCUCUUCCUCUUAUCCCCCCACCUCCCCUAUCCCCCUCCUUCCAUCCUCUUCCCAAGACCCACUGUUGGCAAUAGUAACUUCUCACCACUCGCACUACCAUUACUCACGAAAAUACAUUUACUAACCACUAUGGCCUUUUAAAUUUAUUUUCACACAUAGCAUUCAACUGUAUUGAAUUCAUGCAUUCCUCACAAUUUUGUUCAUUUGCAGGGCCGUGAUUAUAUUCCUGGAUACUUAGAGUCAUUACCAGAUCGCAUACUUCAUACGGUGAGCAAAUUUUAAAAAAAGAAAUAGUUUAAAUGAACUUAUUAAAAUUAAGCACUGCAGCUAGUUCAUUUGGUUGGCGGGGUUAGAAUAACUAUAAUGCCACCAUAUUCCUUUUUAACAUUUGGGAAGAUGUAAAAUUAACCAGCUUCUCAAUUCUCCUUAAACUUCAUGACCAAAACAAAAAUUGUCUCCUACAACGACCCAUUAUUCAUGGAUUUAUGAGAUAAAAAGAAGUAAUUUCAAAAAUGUUUUUGCAGCCAUUUUCCUUUGACUUAUAUCAGCCAUUAUUGAAGAAAAAAAUUUGGUUUAGUAAUUAUUUUCAAAGCUUUGAUGUUACAAAUAAAUUAAUAAAAUACAAUUAUAAUUGAACAGUAAAAUAAAAUUUGAAAAGUUAUUGCCUAGAAGGGAUUUUACUAACUGACUUUUAAGUAUUUUUUUCUUGUAAUAAGGUAUGUGUUUCUUCUUCUUCUUUUUUUUUUGCACCAAAUAAAUAGGAUAGCAAUAAAUUUAUUAAGAAGGUCUUUAAAUGUUAAUGUAAGUUAUAUUUUUAAAUUAAUACAAUACUUGAACUUAUUUAGUUACUGGGUGUUUUUUCAAUUUGUUUGUCCUAAAAAAAAGCUUCUAGUAGAAAUUACUAGAUAAGUAUUUUGUAAUGGUAUAUCUGAUUAGGAAACUUGUUAAUGACAUUGUACAUUCAGAAAAGAGAGUGAAAUCUACACAUAUUUAAUCAUAAAUUUCAAUGAAAAAUAAUAAUUUUAAAUGCAAACUUAACUUUUUGUAUAUAUAAUAAUUUUUUUUUAAAAUGCCUAGUUUAUUUUUUUUGUAAACAUACAUGUUGUCUUGUAAACAUUUCUAACAGUUUAACACAGCUUUUGGACUUACUUACUUGACCACACCUAUAGUUGGAUUUAUUCUUUACAGAAGAGGUACAUGUUCCAAUUGAGUUAUAAGAUUAACAGUUCAUUAUUAGAUAUGUUUAAUAUUUAAUACAUCACCUAACAUAAGAUUAUGCACAUUUGUCUUAAAUUAAACAGUUCUUUGACUUAAUGAUUGAUUAAACUGGUGACAAAGUUAAUUGCUUUGAGAAAAAAAUAGAAAUGAUGGUUUUGGCAUCACACAUAAUUGAUUGCUAAUUAACAGUAACAAGAUUUCUAGUUGUUUUGUUAAAAGCUAUUUUAAUCCAAAUUCAUUUUGAUCCUGCAAAAAUUUUACUUGGGUGCCCACUAAAUUUCAGCUUAUGGCUUAAGAUAAUCUUGUAGAUGUUGUUUAUUACUUUUUUUUAACACUUGAACUUUUGGAAAUUUAGGGCAUUUUACCCCUGAAGGAAGUCUUGGUAUACUCAAAGUUGCAUUGUCUGUUGCCAUUGUUUACACUGCCGCAUACUUUCUCAGAGGUAAGCUUACCAUUAUAACUGGUUGAUUGGUAAGUUUCUCUGAAAGUACAUGAUUUCUCCAAUGUGAAAUAAAGUUUUCUUGAUUUAUUUGAGGAAAGCUUACAAUGAAAUUCAGCAUUGAGUCCUUUUUGAAUAAUAAAGAAAUAAAGAAACUUAGGAAAAGGAUAUAAAAUUAACAGUGUAAAAAAUAAAUCAAUCAAUCAAGGCAUCCUAUAUCUUUUUUGUGUGUGUGCUGGAGCAGCCAUUGCAUCAGGAUAAUCCUCAUUUUGUGGCUUCUAGUGCUAGGAAUCAAUCAUUUAUAAAGUGUUGUAAUCUUUGUGUAAUGCUUAACAGAUAGACUUAUUUAGGUAAUCUUGAAAAACCAUCAUUCUUAAAUGUAGUUGAAAAAUCUUUUGUUCAGGUAUUGGACGAUUGAGCAAUGGCGAAUAUAGGACUUUUAUCAAUGUUUUAGUUGAAGCAAGACGCCCAAAUGCCUCACCUCAACAAAAGGUAACUAUUUGAACAUUAAAAAAUGACAAUGAAAAAUAAUAAAGUAAGCAGUAACAUGAUGACUCCAUUAAAAAAAGAAUUAAAUCCAUGAAAAAAUUAAAUGAUUUAAAUUCAUUUAUAGAGAUUGUGAUGACUUUUCUGCAAUUUAUCAACCUCUAAAACCGUCACUAAUAAUUAAGUUAUUGCAAGUUAAAUCCUGUUAAAUUUUAGUUUUCACAUUCUUGAUGGACUAAUUAAAUUAUAUUUGUAACAAUUUCACAUCUGAAUUUAUGACAUAGUCCCUCUGACUAUAUUUCUAUAUCUUGUUAUUAAAAUCUACAAAGAUCGUUCUAGUACUACAGGUAAUUUGUUUUGUUUUUUAUUGUGCUUUCAGCGAAUGUUGGCUGGUUAUGACUUUGAAUAUUGGGCUUGGCCAGUGGACUUCCGAUGGAAUGAUUUUGUUGACAAGUAAUGUUUUAAAUUGUUGCUGGACUUUCCACAAUCAUUUAAUAUUGAUAUAUCGGUACAACCUAAAGAAAAAUGGAGUGGCAUGAUUUACGCGUAACAUUUCAUUUUCUAACCAAGUUACGUCUUUGGAAGAAACAACAUUUUUGUUUACAAGUUUAAAUGAGCUGAUGGAUACAGUCACAGCAGAGUUUAAGAGUAUUAGUGGUGAUGAGCUGAUGGAUACAGUCACAGCAGAGUUUAAGAGUAUUAGUGAUGAUGACUUCCACAUAAUCUUAACUAAAUAAUUAGCAAUUUUAGGCUGUACCUGGGAAAUAAUUCUGAAUUUAGUAGUGGUCACGAUUUUUACAGAGUUUUACUUUUAAAAAGAUAAUUUAAUGCAUGUCAUGACUUAAAAUUAACGUGUGAAAAAGGGGAUUACAUGUAAAAUUAAAAUCAAUGUUGUACUUCUUUAGAAAAAUUUAUUUCUGCAUCAUUUUUGACUGGUCAUUUGUUGGUCACAGUUAUAAUUCCUAUAGCAGUCCUGCAGGUGGGGCAGCAUUUUCUUAACUUUUGAUGCAUUGCGUAUAUUUCAGAAGUUCUAGAAAACCAGACAAAUCGAUCAACAGCAGUCGUAGGAGUCAUGCUGUUGAAAGAAGCAGUCUACCCUGUCGAUUACUUAGGUCAGUGAUUCUCUCAUUGCAGAGCCAUUGUCCAUUUCUUUCAGUCAUAAGUACGUUUACCUUUUUCCACAGCCAAGUUUUUGUCAUAAAUUAGCAUUAAAAUAUAUAAGUACGUGUUUUUCCAUGCUCAAGUAUAAAAAUUGUGAUUCAUAUUUUUUUCCAGCUUUAUUGCUAUGCAUACUUUUGGUAGAAGAAUGGUUUACCCUGGUGGUACAUCAAUAAUGAAUUAUCUGCUCUGUAAGUAGCUAUGUGUAAGCAAAUUUUUUCUGUCUCUUAGUUGCUCAUACAUUUUAAAAUUUACUAAAUUAACCUCUAUUAAAAAUUACAUAAUGAACAAUUAUACUAAAUUAACAACCAUCAAAAUGACUUAACUAACAACUUUUAAAAUUGCUGGCUGAACAAUCCCCUCAUCUUCAUCCAGUAUCUUAGAGGGGUUUUAAUUUAAACAAUUAUUUAAAUUUGAAUCACUUCUCUCCUAAAUAUACUUGAAAUAUUUUUCGCAAUAUUCAAAGCAUUCUUAUUUAUGGGUAUUCUCUAAUCUUAUUUGUGGACCAUCACAAAUUUUUAUCAUUCAAUUUAAUUUAUAAAACUUCUCCAAAAUAUCUUCUAAAUUUAAUGGCGUUUACAAUAAUAGUCACCAGAGUUACAAUCAGCAAAUCUUAGUAAAUAAAAAUAUUUCAAUUUAAUUUUUAUGGAACCACAGAAAACUGUAAGCACAUAAGGCCUAUUUUAAAAAAAAAAAUUGUUUUUAUACUAUAAUUUUUAUACAAUGUUUUCUUUCAGCAAAUAUGCUUAGGUCAGGGAGAGCACAGUUAGUUGAAGAGGUUGGUUAUUUUUAGAUUAUACCUUAUUUAUUACUUAUGUCAGUAAUCUUCACAAUUUAAAACCUUUUUCCAUUCUUUUUAUCUCGUGUUUGUGUGUGAAGCCUAGUUCUGACAAUACAUUUUAACUAUAAUGUAAAAGUUAUAGUUGAUAACUAUAAAUUAUUAAACAUUAGCCAGGUGACCUAUAUGAGCAGUAAAUAAAUAAUGUAAGCCCUACAAGCAUAAUUUUUUGAAAGAAAAGAUUUUUUAAUAGAGGAGAAAUCAUGAAAGUAACUGAUCCUUUAAGCAACUUGAAAUAGCCAGCCUACAUUUCUUUUUGAUAAACAUUUUAUCCACAGAAAAAUGGGAAAAGAGCCAAAAUUUUGACAGAAGAUGGAAAUGAGAUCGACACGAUGUUCAUAAACAAAAAGGGACAAACUGAAAAUGGCUCCACCUUAGUAAGAUCCUUACUAGCUUCACACAUUUUUGGAUCAGAAAAUAGAUACAUGAUAAUAAAGGACUUGAAUUUCUGCCUUGAAAAACGCUGAUGAAUGAUUUUGAGAUAUUGUUUAUGAAUGGUGCUUAAAUUUUCUUAAUUCUGUAUUUUAAAAUUAUAUGUUGCAUGAAUGCUUAAAAUUGAAAAUAAGCAGGGGUAAAAAAAUAUUUAAAAAGAAGGAACUCGAACUUAAUUUUUUGUGUGCCAUUUAUAAUUAGUAUAACACUUGGGUUACUGUUUGCUCAUGUCUUGUUAUGCACUCUUUGUUAGUGUAUACCCAUGCCUAGCUAUUCAUUGAUUUAUUACAGUUUAAAUUGUCCUUAGGCAUAUCUUUGGUAUCUUCAUAUUAUGGCCUUCUUUACAUAAAAAAAUAGUAUCUUGUUUCACCUGUUCAAGAUUAAUAUGGGGGUUUGAAAAUCAGACCUAACAAUAUAAAUGACAUUUUGGCUAAAAGUCUUCUUCAGCUUGACAUACAAUAUGCUUUAUACAUCUCCUCUUGACUUGAUUAUUGCCCAGCUAAAUGGGAGGUAAAUGGAUUAUUUCCCAUUAGAAAAUAAAAAACUUAAUUAAAGUAAUACUCAAAAAUAUUAAUGUAAAAAAUAUUAUUAUUAUUUUUUAAAUUAAAAAAUGUAUAUUUAAUUGAAGUCUGGCCCACCAGUAUACUUUUCUUUGAGUUUUGGACCCAUAAUGCACUUGCAGCAAACAACAAAAAAAAAUUUAAAAAAGAGAAACAAAAUAUGGGAAACCUGAGAAAAUGAAGCAACAAAACAAUGAUGUGUAGGCAAGAAGCCUGUAGUAUCUGAGAGGACAGCAAGAGGAAUACAUAGGAAUCAUAGACACAUUUCUCUUGUUGUCCUCUCGGAUACUAUAUUGCAGCUAAAAUGUUUAUUAUUAUUCCUGCCGACAUUUUUGGUGUUUUGUUGUGUCCUUUUAUUCAGGUUUCUCCAAACUUUGUUUCACUCAAUUCCUUUUACCUAACAUAAUUGCAGUCUCUUUCUCAUAUUACCAUUAUACAAAAAAAAAAAAAAAAUUGGGCGAAUAUUAGUGUUCGGAAUCAUCUAUAUGGGGAAUUUUUGGUGUGGGAAAUAUUCUGUGUGCAGAGUUUUCUGUGUGUGUAAUCUCUAAGUGAGGAAUACUCAGGUGUGUAAAAUUUUCUAAGCUGUAAAAAUCAUAGACCAAAUCACCAACUGAUAAAGCUUAAACCUAAAUGAUCAUAAUGGUAAACAAUGAGAGUUUUUAUGUAUGUCUUCACAUUUAAUAAUUGUUUUUUUCAUGUUAAUCUUAAUGCCUUCUAUUUUAUUACUUCCACACACAAAAAAGGUGAUAACUUCAGAGGGCAAUGCAGGUUUCUAUGAGAUGGGCUGCUCAAACACACCACUGGACCUCAACUAUUCCAUCCUGGGCUGGAACCACCCCGGCUUUGGUGGAAGCACUGUAAUAUUUUACUUAAAGACAUAACUGAAAUGCUAACUGUUUAAUUUUUCUACAGUUAAUUAUUGCCUGUAUUUUUAGUAGAGAGGCUCAGAAAUAUCACCAAUAUAGUCCACCAAACUGGCAGGCGCGGUCAGGUUUCAGUGCUGUUAAUUUAAAGGAAGAAACUUACAAGUAUCUCAUUGGACAUUCACCAGUUUUAAGAACAAAAAUAGUUUUUAGUAUAUCUACAAAGUGACUGUCCACAGGUCCUCUAUUCACAAACUAAUUUUUUGCAAGUUGAAACCUUUGAAAAAUCAAACCACUUGAUGAUAGAUGAAAACAAACUUUGCCAAUCUCUCAAAUUUUUAAGUAUUACUUAAGGUUAUUAUAUAUAAUAUAAUUGGAAAAUAUUAUGUAAAUAUUUAUAUAUACACAUAUUGUGGUGGUGAUCAGAAGCAGUUAAGUCAAAGAGGCAUCCAAGUAAUUGGGAUAUAUACAUUUUAAAAAAUACUUGAGUGUUCAUGAUUCCAUCUGUCUGCAUUCAGUCCAUAUGACUAAAUAUUCCUGAUGAAUUUCUCCCAGGGUGUUGCUUUCCCUCAGCAAGAACAGAAGGCAGUAGAUGCUGUCAUGCAGUAUGCCAUCCAUCGCUUGCACUUCGAACCCAAGGACAUUGCCCUGUUCGCGUGGUCCAUAGGUGGAUACACUGCAUCAUGGGUGGCCAAAACCUACCCUGAUAUCAAGUUUGUGGUUAGUAUGUGGAAAUGCAACAAAUUCUGUGGUGAUUGUUGAAAAAUAUCCAUUUAUUCAUGUUUUGACAUGCAGUUGUGAUAAUGGUGCUCUAAGGAAUGAUUGAAAAUUAAAUAAUCCCCUCCCCCCCAAAAAAAAGAUCCAGGUAUUUGGACUUCACACCCAUUGUUUGUAUGUCAACCAAAACAAUAUGGGAUUUAUCUUCUAUUUAAUGGAUGGGAAUUUAUUCUUGAAUGUCUUUUGUGAGGACCCAGAAGUGAGAAUUAAGUUAAGGAAAUUGGAGAAUAUGGUUUCUUUUACAAUGAAAAAAAAAAAUGGAUUUGAUAAAUAUCUUUUCACCAUUGUCAUGUUUUUAUGUUCUGGGUGUCAUCUGCACCCCCCCCCCCCCCCCCCCCCCCCCCCCCCGCCCAUCAAGGUCUUAUGCCCCUGUCAAGAUCAUAUGUUGUCAUAUGCCCCAGUCAAGUUCAUAGCCCCUGUCAAGCUUCUGGCUGGCACAAAAUAAAUAAUCCAACAUGAUUCAGAAUGACUUUGUUUUGCUAAUAAUCCAAAAUUUAUCUCCCCUCUAUGCCUACAGGUGCUGGAUGCUACAUUUGAUGAUAUUGUGCCUCUGGCCAUUGCCAAAAUGCCUCAGUCUUGGAGUAAGUAAUUUUAAGAGUAAGGGUUUAAAUAAUUAUACUUCACCAGUAAAAAAUUAAAGAUCUUUAACCUAUUAAAUGUGGGGGAAAAAAACAUUUUAUUUUUAAAAAUAUCAAAUAAACACUCAUUUGAAAUGCAUUACAAGCUCUUAAAGAAUAAUCAAAAUAUUUGGCAUAUUUCGAAAAAGGAAGAUUGAGAUAGCUUAUUAGAAAAAUGGUGCUAUACCGCAACUGUAGUCUUUGAUUUGGUGUUUCUUUAUUAAAUGUAAUGAUUAUUACGAACUGCCUGCAACAUAGAUUUUACUCUCUUUAAGUUAUUUUUUUAUUUUAUUUGUUUUGCCCAUUUGUAUAGAGAAUCUGGUGGCCCUUAGUUUGAGGUCAUACAUGGACCUGAAUGUGGCUGACAAUUUGAUUGAGUAAGUCCUUAUGUUUUGGCUCUCUGGAAAAGAUAUUGUUUUAAUUCAUGUGCAAUCAAGUGUUCAUUCAUUAUUAAAAUAAAAAAGAAACUGGCUUAGAAUGAAUCUCAAUAAGAACGAAAACUUUUUAAGCUGCAUUAUUAAAGUUAAUUUGUUGUUCAUAUGCAACCAUUUGAUUUGAGAAUUUUUGUCUAAUUAUGUCUUUAAGAUAUCAAGGCCCUAUACUUCUUGUGAGGAGAACUCGAGAUGAAAUAAUUACCACAGAGUGAGUACAUAUGAAGAUCUCAUUUAUAUAAUUCGGAAAACAAUUUUUGUUUGUCAUGGGUAGUAAAAUUUGCAACACUAGAACAUCUCAAAAUCUCUAGAUGUUUAAUAAUUUUCGCUUAAAUUUUUUUAAGAUUCAAAAGUUUCCUUUGUGUGUGUAAGAAAUAAAUAUAAAAUAAAAAAAUAUUAUAUUUAUAUGUGUAAUUUACUUUGAAAAAAUGUAGAUUAACUUUCCUAAUGCCCUCCCAAUCACCCAAUAUUAUAUGAGAUAACCACAAUGUGACACAUCUAAUUAUUUAAUACAUAUUAAUCACCUAUUUUGAAAUGGAGUCUUUUUAGAAUUUUUUAUUUAAUUAUCACUGUUAAAUGCAUAUAAUAAGACCAAACUUUCAACCCUCAAUGUCAGACAAUUCUUAAAUUAAUUUGGAUGACAUGUUUUUUUGCUUGUCCGAUUUCAUUGACAGAUCCCUCCCCAAUGGCUACCCUCUGUUAAUCUCCAACAGAGGCAACUCUCUGCUACUCAAGCUGUUGCAGUACAGGUAACAUUUCAAUAUUUCCCGAAACAGUUGUAUAUAGUCGUCUUUGAUUACCAACAAAGUGUUCAGUUUUUGUCUUAAUUGCCUUAAUGGUUAAAUGGCUCACAUUAUCAAAGUUGUUACAUGUUGGUCUCAAUUUGUUAAUAUUCUUACAACUAAGUAGAUAGUCCUUUAUUCAAAAGGUUAAGGAGACUAAGACAAAGAAUUUCCAUUCAUUUUAAUGGUAAAAAGGGGGAGAGACUGCAAUCAGGUUACGUAAAAGGAAAUGAUUACAUUCCUCUUGCUGUCCUCUCUGACACUACAUUGCAGCUAAGUGUUUAUUUUAAUUCUAUAUUGUUUCUGCUGUUUGUUUGCUGAAGAAGAUUCUUGUUUUUUGGGUCCUUUUUUUUCAGUUUUUGCCCCACUCAGUCUCUUUGCCCCACUCAGUCUCGCUCAUUUCCUUUUAUUCUAAGAAGCCCUGUUUUUCACCUCCCAUCCUGUAAAAUUCUUUAUAAUUUCUGAAAACAAAUAUCAUUUGUAUCUUAUUCAGCAAUCUUUACUUUUGCAUAGAUCACUCUUAUAGUGUUUUGUCUCAUUACAUGAGCAACUUUUUUGUGUCUAGCAGAGGCAGCUCUUUCAGAUAAUGCUCUGAAGCAAUCUGAAGUUUAGUGAUCUUGAAGUAAUCUGAGGUUAAAGGAAUGGGCCAAAUACUGAUACUAUUGCUUGUGCAGCCACUUGAUUUUCACAUAAGUUAUGCUUUGAACAGGAAUAUUAAUAUAGGGGUUAAAUGAAAAAAAGGGAAAUGUUGAUUGAGUUUUUAAUUCAGUAAUCUGGACAUUGAGAAGAUUAUGAUUAUAAUAAGAGGGGGGGGGGAGUGCAUAUUUGUCUAGAAAUUAAAUUCUUACUUUCUAAAAUGUGAUUCAUUAUUUUCUUAAAAUGGGAUAACCCUUUAAAAAUUAUUUAUGCAAAAUCUAAGUAAUUUUUUUACUUAUUUCAGUUAAUUUUUAAUUUUUUUUUGUAUAUUGCAGAUAUCCUACAAUUGUUGAUGAAACUACUAUACCAGUGAUGAAAGAAUUCCUGUCCAAGGAAACACCCAGUCAAAGUAAGAUUUAGAGUUUCUAGAAGUGUAACAUUAGAAAUAUGCUUGUUGAUGAAACUACUAUACCAGUGAUGAAAGAAUUCCUGUCCAAGGAAACACCCAGUCAAAGUAAGUUUUAGAGUUUCUAGAAGUGUAAUAUUAGAAAUAUGCUAGUUGAUGAAACUACUAUACCAUUGAUGAAAGAAUUCCUGUGCAAGGAAACACCCAGUCAAAGUAAGAUUUAGAGUUUCUAGAAGUCUAACAUUAGAACACCCAGUCAGAGUAAGAUUUAGAGUGUCUAGAAGAGUAACAUUAGAACACCCAGUCAGAGUAAGAAUUAGAGUGUUUAGAAGUCUAACAUUAGAACUAUGCUGGGACAAGAACAGUUAACGUCCACUACUUGGAACAACUGGGCCAACUGAAAUAAGUCUCAUUAAAAAUAGAGGAUGGAAAAAUUACAUUUCCUAUUGGUUUCAUGAUGCCCCCUUACAUGGUAAAAUAUAAUUUUUUUUCCACAUGCAGAAUAAGACCAGACUUGAGUUUUGGGGGGAAGCACAAUGCUCAUGGAGUUACAGAAUUGGAAUUGUAUUUCUUGUUUUUAUGCAUAAAAUAAAAUCAAUCCCAUGCCCUCAUUGAUUUCUGUCCACUUUUGUCCUAUUUCAGUUCAGAUGUUGGAUGAUAAGUCUGUGAUCUAUCAGGAAUGCAGCAGUUUCUUUGCUGAUUAUGUCCGUGAAGUGGGAUCUGUCCACUUCCCUAUGCAUAUAAGUGAGUAGAGCGGUGCAGUCAUUUAGAUACCAUAGUCAUCUUUUAUAGUAAGAAUAACUUCAGAGUCAGAGAUGGUUUUAAUUUUGUUUCUUUCAUCAUCAGAUGUUCCUCAAGACCAUAACUUAAAAGUCAAACUAGCUUUAUUUUUGGUAAGUGUCUUUAUCAUGUUAUGUUUUUUCUUUUAUCUUGCUCUAAUUGUUUCUUAUUUUAUCUUGCUCUAAUUGUUUCUUAUUUUGUCUUGCUCUAAUUGUUUCUUAAUUUUCUUGCUCUAAUUGUUUCUUAUUUUGUCUAGCUCUAAUUGUUUCUUAAUUUUCUUGCUCUAAUUUUUUCUUAAUUUUAUCUUGCUCUAAUUGUUUCUUAUUUUUAUCUUGCUCUGAUUCUCUGAUUGUUUCUUAUUUUAUCUUGCUCUGCUCUGAUUGUUUCUUAUUUUAUCUUGCUCUACUCUAAUUGUUGAUUAUUUUAUCUUGUUCUGAUUGUUUCUUAUUUUGUCUUGUUCUAAUUGUUUUUUUUUUCUUGCUCUGAUUGUUUCUUAUUUAAUCUUGCUCUGUUUAUUAUUUCAUUUUGCGCUAAUUGUUUAUUAUUUUAUCUUGCUAUAAUUGUUUCUUAUUUCAUCUUGCUCUAAUUGUUUCUUAUUUUAAAGUGCUAUUCGAUUAAAUUUGUCUCUCUUUUACAUGCUAGAUAAGAUUAGACAGUUCUACAAUUAUGUGACAUUACUUUUACAUGCUAGAUAAGAUUAGACAGUUCUACAGAAAUGUUCCUUCUGACCACUUGUACAAACUAGAUAACAUUAGACAGAUGUAAAUAAAGUCGCUAUGCUAUGAACUUUUUUCAGUUUUUUUUAUGAUAACUCUGUUUUCUUUGCCACAGAUAACUGUGCACUUGGAGAACUAUGAUUCCACUCAUUGCACGCCUCUACCGGUCAGCUUCUUUCAUAAACCCUGGGUCCCUGGCGCUCGGAGAUGAAGAGACAAUUAGACUUCAAAGCUGGAUCAAAGCAUCAUUACUGUCAGCAGGGGGUUAAUGUUUCUGUCACCCUUAUGUUAGAUCAUCGUCUUUUAUGUACUUAUGUUUAUAAAUAUUUGAAGUAACAUCGAAAUAUUCCUUCACAAGAAAUUGUUCAGUUGUGCAUUAGGUAAUAAAUUGAUUAAGUGGACUUCAGCUGGGGGCAUCUCUAAAUUUUAGCAUCUUUUUCUUAAAGCAUUUUCAUUUUAGGACUACAAAGACAAUUGAGUAAUAGAGAGGGGUCUUAAUCAGUGUGUUCAUUGGCCUCAUUGUGAAUGGUCACAUACCCCUUGUCAAUGGGUAAAGUGAGAGUUUUGCAUUGGCUCUGUCAAAGAUAAACCUCAAGCAGAUGCUGCAAUGACCCCCCCCCCCUUCCCCCCAGGGGUCCAUGGCCCACUGUUUAUCAACUGGUAUCUAAGUGUUGUCAACAACUAAGGGGGGUAAGUCUCUUUACCAAAUAAUAAGCAAAGACUUAGUUUUAGGGCAUUUUUUAGAUUUUUCUUCUUACAGUCAAUGUUGUGUUAUAUUUACUGUUGUCACAUUGUAUCAUUAGUAUUACACAAUCAAACAAGAAAUUGUGCAGUAUUGUGGACCUCUUGUUAAUAUGACCAGACAUUUAUUAUGACCAUACUGUUCUUGACCCAACAUGCACCAAUUAAUCAGUAUUUGCCGGCGCAUAGGACACUUUUUUUUAUCCCCUCAAAAUACGCCUAAAAUAUGGGGUGUGUCUUUUCUUUGCCGGUAAUUAAAAAUUGAGCUGAAAUUUGUUUGUGCCGGCAAAUACUGUAUUUUUCAAAGAGACUAACACUAUGUAUUUAAAAUCGAAUGGCAUCUAUUAUUUAUUUGAAAUGCCUGCCGAAGGGGAACAUAAAUAAAAUCUGAUGAUGCCUUGUUACAGGCCGAAAAUAACCUCAUCAAAAUAAACUGAGCCAAAUGCUAUAGUGUGAAAAACUUGUCAAGUUAUUAUUAACCCAAACACAUUUAUGGCUCACUAUGAAGUGAAACGUUUAAAGUGAGAGAUUUCAGAAAAAAAUCCCAUCCAAGGUGUGACCAGUCAUUGAUUGGUGAGUCUGUAAAAGACAGUGACACAGGAUGAAUGGAUUAACAUCUAUUGGUUUGUAAGUUUUCUUUACAAAGAUUAUUAAAUGUUUUCAUGUUGUUAUUGAGCUUUUUUUUUUUUUUUUUAACUUAAAAUAAUCAGUUACAUUCUGAGCAAGAGUUAUUUAAAAUAUCACAGGAUGAAUGGAUUAACAUCUAUUGGUUUGUAAGUUUUCUUUACAAAGAUUAUUAAAUGUUUUCAUGUUGUUAUUGAGCUUUUUUUUUUUUUUUAACUUAAAAUAAUCAGUUACAUUCUGAGCAAGAGAUAUUUAAAAUAGUCACAGCUCAACACCACCAAAAGUAACAGUUUCAGAUGUCUACAUCAUAUUUUUACGCUAUUUAGAAGAACUCACAUUAAAAAAGAUAAAUAGUAAAUUAUUUUAAAAAUUGGCUGCAUAGCUUUUCUCAUCAGUAAUUGAUGAAUUUAUGUAGCAUUUGACAAAAACUGUAUGAAAUAUGCAGGGCCGUGAUGUAAUUAAUUUAACAUGACGUAAGCUGCGAAUGAGUCAUUUUAUUUACUUACAGAUUUUUUUUUCUUCUGGCACAAAUAAAAAAUGAUUCCUUGUUGUGGAGUUCUUUAAAAGAUUCUCUUAUUGCCCUGCGUGGUCUGAACUCAGUACAUCUUCAUGUCUCUUAUUUUAAUUUUUUUUUUUAUUUUACUGGCAGGGAUUGCAGGAGACCCCUGCUGACAUUUCAGAGUUUAUUCUGUCUUGGGCCAUGGCAUUUAGUAAUAUUGCAAUUUAUUUAUUAAAUUUGGCCUAUGCAAUUAGAGACCCUUAAUGUCCCCCAAACUGACCUGUUCCCAUACUCAAAUAACUUUUUAUUAUGUUCUAUUUUGCUUGAAUGCUUGCUUCCUAAAGUCUUAGCUGUCAUGUAAUCCAACACUGUGAAUAUCCAAGUCUUGUUUUUGUCAAAUGGAGAUGCUUUCCAUAUGCUGAAUUUGAGCAAUGAUUUUCUUUAAAAACCUUUUCCUUCUAAUUCUAAUCCAUGUCCAAAUUAAGAUCAUUCCAGAACAUGACAUUUGCAAGUGCAAGGAAAUACUUUUUAGGCAAGAUACAUCUGUGUACUACAGUGCUCACUGAAUACAUCUGUACUGACAUAUAUUUAUAACAUAAAACAUAGGAUAUUUUAUUUCCACAUAAUUGGUUUGAAGGAGUGAUCAGAAAAAAAAUCUAGGUCCAUGCCCCAAAUAUUAUUAUUGUAUUAUCAAUGCAAUUAUAACUUUAUGGUUCACUUGCAUAUUAUAAAAAAAAAGAAUGCACAAUUUCUUAGAUAUAAAAAUUUUAAUUCUUAAGAUUAAGAUAAUAUUUUGUUAAAAAUUCAAUUCCUUAUGUUUCUUUCCAAUCCUUAUUUGGUUAAAUUAACAGGAUUGGAUAAAUAUUGUAGAAACUUUUCUCAUCUGGUUCCUCGUUGCAUUCCCCAAGAAUUAAACUUUUAGCUUAAUUUAUUUUUUAAAAAGCAAUGACUGCCGCACUGUUCUUAGACUGCGGCACUGUUCUCAGACUGCCGCACUGUUCUUAGACAUUUCCAGUCUAAUCAAGUUAUGGGCUCGAGACCUCAAUUUUUAUAAAUUAAUUUUUAGGUGUGUGUGUGUUGAUUGCAUUCUUUAAAAAAAGUUACAUUAUUCAAAGGUUUCAAUUCCGUCUGAUCUCAUCUAAAAUUAAUUUCUAAUAUUGCAAGAAACAAACAAUUAACCUGUUGUGUAUGGUAGGAUUUAAUUUCAUGAUGUGAAGUGAUUGCAUUCAAUUAUUUUGUGAUGUGAAAUUAGUUUCAAAGUUUGUGACUUAGAGACAUUACUUUUAAGAAUUUUGCGCUUUUUUCACUGGUUGUUUUGCAGCGUCAGUUUUUCCCCUAUGUAAAAUUAUGUAUUUAUAUAAAAUUCCCCAUCAUCUCAAAGCCACAAGUUUAGCGAGCACCAGUAAGAUGAUUAUUAUUUUAUUCCAUUAUUGUCCAUUGAUUGUAUUUAUUAACUGUCAAUUUGUCAUUCUCACCAUGAAUAAAUGAUUCAAGCCAUCUGACCUCUCUCACAAUAGUUAGACUGUGUCACCAAAUAUUUUUUUUAACUACUUCUGUAGUCUGAUACAAAUAGUUUUCUUAAAAUGUAAUUAAAAGAGUUUUAUGAUCUAAAAAGAAAAUGUGGCCCAAAAAUUUAUCCUUCAAACAAGACUCACCAUGAGGUCUUUAUGGAAACUCAUUUGUGGGAUCCUUCAUAUGAUUGUACUCAUGCUAUGCAUGUAGCAAUGCUAAGAAGUGAUUUUUUGAAAGAGAAAAAAAAACCUUGUCAUUGCUUCUUUCUUGACUCUUAGUAUUAAAUUCCAUUCACUCAUAGUUUGAUAAUUUGUUCUGCUAGUUGGAGCUGUUGAGAAAAUGUUGACAGGACACAUCUGCAAAGAUACAAUAACCAUCAAAUUAAAUCCUAUUUUCUACAUGUCCAUCGCUGGCUGGAAGGGGCCCAUGUUAUUUUGUAUUCUUGUUGCCACACCAUGCGUUUGUAUGCCUGUAUUUGUAUGGACAUUUUUCAUUCAAGAGAUGAUUUUUACAAUAUAUUGUGCAGUAUUGAAAGAUCAAUAAAAUGCAAAGAAAA